AUGUCUGCUGAAUCGGAUCUUGACAUCGAAAAGAUUGCGGCUGAGGCCCAGAAAAAAAUGAGAGAGGCGUUAAAUUCCUCGAUAAACCAAUUUAACGCCAUUUAUGCCUCGACCUCUAAUAAUGCUCGGCCAGUAGCAACUCAAGACUCUGAGCAAGAUGCUAUGGCUGAUGACGACGAUUGGUGGACCCCACGUCCCAAUAAUAAACGCCGUUUAAGAUCAAGCCCUUACAACUCAAGCUCGAAAAUUAUUAGGAAUUCAAAUAGCCCAAAACCAGCAGCAUCUGACAAUCGGUUCUCGGAUCUGUCAGAUAUGGACACGGACGAUGAAAUUAUGAAAUCACCACAAACAGUCGGUCAAAAUAGAUCCAACCAAGCCAGUAUCAGCACCAGCAACACCAGCAACACCACCAACACCAGCAACACCACCAUCGCCAGCAACCAAGUCAGCAACACUCUAACCAACAAUUUAAGCAACAGCGGCAACACCUGUAACAGCAAUAAUAGCAAUACGACUAGCUGCAAUGGUAGUCCAAACCAGCCCUCAGACAACAACGAAACCCCACCGUCUCACAAACCACCACCAAUUGUGGUCAAAAAUUGUGAAAACUUAAACGGACUUAUCAGAUCCACAGAUAAGGUCGUUCACCCAACCAAAUAUUCCAUUAAAUGCCACCCAGAUAAUUCCGUUUCGAUCUUGGCUUCAGAUUCAGAUGCGUACAGAGCCAUUACUAAAUCGCUUACCUCAAAAAAGGUGCCAUUUCAUACCUGGCAACUUAAAGAGGAAAGGUCUUACCGCAUUGUCAUCCGAGGUGUGCAUCACUCCAUUCCGGAUGAAGAUAUUAAGGAAAGCCUUACUUCACUUGGCCAUACUAUCCGCUUCAUCAAUAGACCCAGAAGCCGGUUCGAUAAAACAAAGCUCGUCAACCUAGUCUUUGUUGAAUAA